AUGGAGAGCGUUGGGAGGCCUCCCGAAGAACGCCGCGAGGAGGGACCCCCAACGGUCCUUCCUGCUGAGCGCGUAGGUUCAGCAGAAGCGACAAGAGCCAUCCCCGCAGAAAACCCCACAGAGACGUGUGAGGCCUUUGUCCGCCUCGCCGGUGAGGAGGCUGCCUUGUUUGACGGCACGGUUGCAGAGGCCUUAAGGAAGUGGGGCCUCUUUGACAGCCUCUCUGUUGGCUGCUUCUUUUGCUGUUAUCCCCCCAAGGGGACUGCAGCAGCAGCUCUCAUUUCUCAGCUAUUCCUCUCGCCAGCGUUCCAAGCGUUCGCUGCCGAAAAGGGGCUGGAAGCAUUCAGUGAGAAAGGCCACAUGCAUGCAGCGGCAGAAGAAUCGUAA